GCGGGGACGAAGCGCCGUCAAGCCGGGCCGGUGGGGGCGGCGAGCUCGAGUGCGGCCCGGCCCGGCUAUGUCGGCCUUCUCGGAGGUAGCGCUGGAGCGGAAACUGUCGGAGCUGAGCAAUUCUCAGCAGAGCGUGCAGACCCUGAGCCUCUGGCUCAUUCACCACCGCAAGCACUCGGCGCUUAUCGUCAGCGUAUGGGAGCGGGAGCUACGAAAAGCAAAACCAAAUAGGAAACUGACAUUCCUGUACUUGGCCAAUGAUGUCAUACAGAACAGCAAAAGGAAAGGACCAGAAUUUACAAAAGACUUUGCUCCAGUAAUAGUGGAGGCUUUUAAGCAUGUUUCAAGUGAGUCUGAUGAGAGUUGUAAGAAACACCUUGGCCGAGUGCUCUCUAUCUGGGAAGAAAGGUCUGUUUAUGAAAAUGAUGUAUUAGAACAACUUAGGCAAGCUUUGUAUGGAGACAGAAAGGUGAGGAAGCGCACCUAUGAACAGAUAAAAGUUGAUGAGAAUAACUGUUCACCUCGAAGUUCUCCCACUGAACCUCCACAGACCACGGAUCUCAUUAGAGCAUUACAAGAACUAGAAAAUGCUGCCUCUGGGGAUGCAGCAGUUCAUCAGAGAAUAGCUUCUUUGCCUAUAGAGGUCCAAGAUGUGUCACUGUUAGACAGAAUAACAGAUAAGGAAUCUGGAGAACAACUUUCCAAAAUGGUAGAUGAUGCAUGUAUGUUGCUGGCGGAUUACAAUGGCAGGUUGGCAGCUGAAAUAGAUGAUAGAAAACAGCUAACUCGAAUGUUGUCGGACUUUCUCCGAUGUCAAAAAGAAUUCCUUGCAGAGAAAGAGCAUAAGCUAGAAGAGUACAAACGCAAGCUAGCCAGAGUGUCCCAAGUCCGGAAAGAACUCCGGUCACGCAUCCAGAACCUGCCUGAUCUCUCUCGGCUUCCCAAUGUCACAGGCAGCCACGUACACCUACCGUUUGCAGGAGACAUCUACAGUGAUGAUUGA